AAUUGGCCAUGGCGUGGGGAGAGGGCAGUGAAAUAAUUAGAAGUUAGUACGCAAUCGUCGACCGUUGAGAUGAAUUCCGAUGGCCUCGUCCGCUGUUAAUACAGUCUAAAUAUUAGUCCGUUGACGAGUAACUGAUAAAACAGGCCAGACCAUGGAUAAUGAUAAAAGUACGAUGCUUGCGGUUUUGCAACUGUUGAGAAAAUACAAUUUGAAGGGCACUGAGGAUUUAUUCAGGAAGGAAGCAAAUCUGACAGAUAUAUCGGCAGAGGACAGUCAACAAACCGAAUCCGAAGUGAGCAGUGUUUUAUCUGCUUACAAAAGCGAAGGUGACCCAGCUCUUUAUGAAAAAGCUUACACCGAACUAAAAAAGUUUGUUGAAGGAGCCUUGGAUAUUUACAAGCAUGAACUGGGCACGAUAUUAUAUCCAGUCCUAGUACACAUGUACCUGGAACUUGUGUACAACAAUCAUUCUGGAGAAGCAAAACAGUUCAUCAAAAAGUUCAGUGGGAACCUGGAGGAAUACUAUCAAGAGGAUUUGAAAAAAUUAUCUAAUGUAACAAAGCGAGAACAAAUGGCUGGUAACGAGCUCACCGAUACUUUCAAAUCUAACCAAUUCAUUAUAAGGAUGUCACGUGACACUCUCUCUAUUCUAAAACGUCAUCUUCAGGAAAAAAAGCAUAGCGUGCUGCUCAACAUUAUCCAGGAACAUCUUUACUUUGAUAUGUAUGAAGGGGUAGCGCGAAAUAAACAACAAAUAGAAGCUACAUCAGGUGCUAUAGUCGGAGAAGCCACCCGGCAAGAUAACAAAGCAAAAGUCUACUACGGACUUUUGAAAGAACCAGAUAUUCAGUGUGUCCCACCAGCGGAAGAAGAGGAAGAUGACGCAGGUGGAGAAGGUGGAGACAAACCGAAAAAGAAGAAGGCUAAGAAAGAUCCGCUUUUCUCCAAAAAAACUAAGUCAGAUCCCAAUGCACCUCCGGUUGGAAGAAUGCCACUACCUAAUCUGAAAGAUGCAGAUAAGAUGGAAAAAAUAAAAGCAUUAAGGGAGGCUUCCAAGAGAGUAAUUUUGGGCCCGGACAGCCUUCCAUCGAUAUGCUUCUAUACUGUGUUGAAUUCAAUCCAUGGCGUGACUGCCGCGGAAGUAGCCGAAGACUCGAGCUUGUUAGCAGUUGGUUUCAGUGAUUCAGCGGUCAAGGUUUGGAGUUUGGUACCGCAAAAAUUGAGGCUAAUGAAAAGCGGAGACCAACUGCAAGACAUCGACCGCGAAGCUGACGAUGUAUUGGUAAGAAUGAUGGACGAUCGGACAGCCGAAUCGUCGCGUACUUUGUAUGGACACAGCGGGCCAGUUUAUAGUUUGUCGUUCAGUCCUGAUAGGAAUUUGUUACUCUCCUCUUCAGAGGACACAACAGUUAGAUUGUGGUCACUCCACACAUGGACAUGCGUAGUCUGUUACAAGGGUCAUUUAUUCCCGGUCUGGUCUGUCCGAUUUUCACCUCAUGGAUACUACUUUGCAACUGGCUCUCAUGAUAAGACUGCCAGGCUUUGGGCAACUGAUGCUCACCAACCUCUUCGCAUAUUUGCAGGCCAUUAUUCUGAUGUCGAUGUAGUUCAGUUUCACCCAAAUUCAAACUACGUUGCAACAGGAUCGAGUGACAGAACAGUAAGACUUUGGGACUGUGUAAAUGGCACUCAGGUGCGCUUGAUGACAGGCCAUAAAGCUCCGAUAUAUUCUUUGGCUUUUUCGGCCGAGGGUCGGUUUUUGGCGACAGCGGGUGCAGACAGCCGGGUGUUGAUUUGGGACCUGGCUCACGGACAUUUAGUUGCUGCAUUGGCUAGCCACACGGCAACGAUACACUGUCUUUGUUACAGUAGAGAUGGUAAUAUCCUGGUAUCAGGAUCACUUGAUUCGACGCUCAAGCUUUGGGACUUUACUAAGCUGGCAGAAGAAAUGAGUUUGGAGGACGUCAACGUCUCCCAUAACCCUGAUGUAAAAACGUGCGUAGAUACUUACCUACUACGUACAUUUCCUACCAAAAAUUCUCCUGUUCUCACCCUCCACUUUUCUCGUAGGAACCUUCUUCUAUCAGUAGGUAUGUUCGAAGGAACCUAAUAUCAGCCAUUAUUCUUACUUUUCUUGAUUAUCACUGAAACUGCGGAUGUGUUAAUCUGCGUGAUAUAUUUACAUCUAACUUUCUAUUAACAGAAGAAAAGUGAAGAGUAAAUUUUGUGUACAUUA